AUGUUAGGAAAAACAAAUAUUUUGGUUUAUAAACGCCCUUCUAUAGGAGUCAUAUCAAUUGGAAAUAAUAUUUGUGAACCUAAAGAAAAACUAGCCCCUGGCAAAAUCAGAGAUGCAAAUAGAUUCACCUUAAUUAAUUUGCUUAAAAAUUUCCAUUAUGAAGCAAACGAUUGUGGUAUAGCUAAAGACAAUCCUGAUGCAAUAAAGCAUGCUCUUGAACAAAGUUUUACUUGUAACGAUGUUAUUAUAACGAACAGUUUAAUGGGAGAAUUGGACAUGUUGAAACGGGUUCUCGUCGAAGAUUUUCAAGCUAAUAUAUAUUUUUGCAGGAUAAAGAUGAAACCCGGACACUACAAAGCAGAUAUGCAUGCCGGACCAUUCGAGGAACAAACGUCACAGCACGAGAAGUCCUCUGAGCUGCACCACCACCGUAAAGGUUCAGAAAAUCGCGCAGAAAACUUCCACAACCAAACGUCCGUAUCCUCCAAGCCUGCGAUCCCGACGAACUUCCUCAAGACCUACAAAACCUGCUGGACAUCUUCCCUCUGA